AUGCAAAAAAAAAAGAUCCUGUAUGCAUGUGCGGGUGAAAGAAUCGGCAUGCGUCAGGAAUUAACUGGUUGGGCUAAGUUCAAAGACGGCUUCAAGAGGCAAGAGUCUGACGAAAUCAUCGGUGAGGGAUUGACAGAUGCGCAGAAGGCAGCCAUCAGAACAGCCAAAUCGCCAUUGCAAAGGACCUUGAAGACUAGACAUUUGCUCAUGAUCGCCAUGGGUGGUGGGAUAGGUACAGGGUUGUUUGUUGGCUCUGGUAAGGUUUUACGCACUGGCGGCCCCGCUGGUAUUUUGAUUGGUUACAUCAUUAUGGGCGCUGUUUUGAUCUGUACCAUUUUCUCUUUGGCGGAGCUUGCUGUCGCCUUUCCUGUUGCCGGUUCUUUCACCACCUACGCUACCAGAUUCAUCGAUCCAGCCUGGGGAUUUGCUAUUGGCUGGAACUGUUGCAUUCAGUGGUUGAUCAUCUUGCCGUUGGAAUUAGUCACUGCGUCUAUGGUCAUCCAAUACUGGAACACGUCCAUUAACCCUGAUGCCUGGAUUGCCAUUUUCUACUGUGUCAUUUUAUUUAUCAACUUCUUUGGAGCCAGAGGCUACGCCGAGGGUGAGUUCUUCUUCUCUUCCAUUAAAGUUUUGACCAUUGUUGGCUUCUGUAUUUUCGGAGUCAUUUACAAUUGCGGUGGUAUCAAGAACACCGAAUACAUCGGUGGUCUAUACUGGAGCGAACCGGGUGCUUUCAACAGUUCCGGUGGGUUCAAGGGCAUCUGUUCCGUAUUUGUUACCGCUAGUUUCUCGUUCGGAGGCUCUGAGAUUAUCGGUUUAACCGCUAGUGAGUCAUUGACCCCAAGAAAGUCAUUCCCUAAGGCCAUCAAGCAGAUUUUCUGGAGAAUCAUGAUCUUUUACAUUUCGGCUUUGACCGUUGUCGGGUUGUGUGUCCCAUACACCUCUGAUGAACUAUUGGGUUCUACAGGCAGUGCUACCCAGGCCUCUCCUUUCGUCAUUGCCGUUCAGUUGGCUGGGAUCAAGGGCUUGCCUUCGGUCGUUAAUUCUGUUAUUCUACUCUCUGUCAUGUCUGUGGGUAACACCUCUGUUUACGGUUGUUCUAGAUUCAUGUCUGCCAUGGCAGAACAGGGUAACGCCCCGAAGCUCUUCGGAUACAUCGACAAGUCCGGCAGACCAUUGGUGGCUAUUGCCUUGAACUUUUUAUUCGGAUUGUUGGCCUUUGUGGCUGCCAGUAACAAGCAGGAGGACAUCUUCAACUGGUUGUUGUCAUUGUCUGGUCUCUGCACCAUUUUCGCAUGGGUCACCAUCUGUUGGUCUCACAUAAGAUUUAGAAGUGGUCUUUCCGCCCACGGCCAAUCUACCAAGUAUCUUUCGUUUGUUUCCGCCACUGGUGUCUUGGGCUCUUACUUCACCAUUGUUGUCAGUAUCUUGGUUCUCAUGGCUCAGUUCUGGGUCGGUUUAUACCCUGUUGGUGAGCACACUCCAAACGCGACUGUCUUCUUCCAAUCUUACUUAGGCUUUUUUGUCUUCUUUGGCUUCUACUUUGGGUACAAAAUUUGGAAGAAGGAUGUCAUACUGUUUAUUAGAGCUGCUGAUAUGGAUAUCUUCACCGGCCGUAAGGAGAUAGACUAUGAUCUCUUGCAACAAGAGUUGGCCGAAGAAAGGACUGAGUUCAAGGCUAUGCCUUUCCACAAGAAGGUUUUCAAGUUCUGGUGCAACUAA